AUGAAGCUUAACAUUUCGUACCCCGCCAACGGCUCCCAGAAGCUCAUCGAGGUUGAGGAUGAGCGCCGUCUCCGCGUCUUCAUGGACCGCCGCAUGGGUCAGGAGGUUCCCGCCGAGUCCCUCGGUGACGAGUGGAAGGGUUACGUCUUCAAGAUCACCGGUGGCAACGACAAGCAGGGUUUCCCCAUGAAGCAGGGUGUCAUGCACCCCACCCGUGUCCGUCUGCUUCUUGCUGAGGGCCACUCGUGCUACCGCCCCCGCCGUACCGGUGAGCGCAAGCGCAAGUCCGUCCGCGGCUGCAUCGUUGCCAUGGACCUGUCCGUCCUUGCCCUCGCUAUUGUCAAGCAGGGUGAGAACGACAUCCCCGGCCUGACCGACGUUGUCCACCCCAAGCGUCUCGGCCCCAAGCGUGCUACCAAGAUCCGCCGCUUCUUCGGUCUCAGCAAGGAUGAUGAUGUCCGCAAGUUCGUCAUCCGCCGUGAGGUCCAGCCCAAGAAGGAGGGUGCCAAGCCCUACACCAAGGCUCCUCGCAUCCAGCGCCUGGUCACUCCCCAGCGUCUCCAGCACAAGCGUCACCGCAUGGCCCUCAAGCGCCGCAACGCCGAGGCCUCCAAGGACGCCGCCGUACGUCUUCUCCGCUCUUCAUUCUAUCCUUCUCACAGUUCCACUAACACAAUCACANNGACCGAGUACGCCAACAUCCUCCACAAGCGUGUUGCCGAGGCCAAGAGCCAGCAGCAGGAGAUGAAGAAGCGUCGUGCUUCCUCCAUGCGCAAGUAA